AUGUAUUAUAUCUGGACAUCAGUACAAGAAUAUUGUAUAUACACGGCUCAGGACUGCCAUUUGCUUUUUGCAAACGCUAAUAUUCCUGUUACCUCUCCCAAUGACCCCCGCGAGGACAAAGCCGAGACAGGGUGCCUACGUGAUCCGAUGUAUGGAUGUCGCGGGAUGCGUAUAUACAGCAAAGAAACAGUGGACAGGACUACAAGCAAUCGACAGAUAUGCCCCACGGCUCAGGACUGCCAUUUGCUUUUUGCAAACGCUAAUAUUCCUGUUACCUCUCCCAAUGACCCCCGCGAGGACAAAGCCGAGACGGGGUGCCUACGUGAUCCGAUGCACGGAUGUCGCGGGAUGCGGUUUCCUUGCGGAAGCGGCAUUCUUCGGGUUGCUCUUCACCAACCGACCUAUUACUAUCAUAAGCCUCUUACCUUUUGGCUCUUGUAG